AUUUUGGAGAGAAAAACAUGAAUAUUAUACCGUAUUUCAAGACAGUUACAGUUGCGAUACUGAAGGCAAUUUUUUGUCUUUUGAAAAAGUGUUGUCUCGAAUAUAAUGUUUUGCUGAUAUUUACGCAAGAGCUACUUUACACUACACUAGCAACGUCAAUGUUAACGGUUUUGGUUGCUCCAGGAAAUCCUAUAUAAGAAUGGAACGUGAUCCGCAAGGUGUUCAAAUUCUAAUUUGACAAAAUGUUUGCGUACUCCUUUCUUGUACUAUUUGCAACGUUACUCGGCGUGGGUGUGGCCAAAGAUUUUUUUAUUCCGAUUAACUACAGACACAAGCCUGGAGAGGCCAAUUUUGCUACCCGACCUUUUCUCGAAGUUGGCGAACGUUUACGCUAUCACGAUCAAAAGGUGAAUAAAACUUUUGCUUUCGAGCAAGGCAUUGGAUAUUAUUACCAAUAUGAUAUAAUGCUUAAACCAGAAGUCCAGCGGAACGCUAUUCCGUUGGGAAGUAGCACCACUGUCAGAUGGCCGGAUGCAGUGGUGCCUUAUGUAAUCAUUGGAACGUUUACUGCCGCUCAACUUGCCAAUAUACAAACUGCUAUGAACCAAUACGCUGCGAAAACUUGCGUUAGAUUUAAACCGCGCACUACCGAAACCAUUUACGUAAACAUUGAUAGUGGAAACACCGGUUGUUGGUCCUACGUGGGGCGCAGCAUGGACAACACUUACAAUUUGGUGAACUUGCAGGCGCCUGGUUGCUUGGGAACUGGAACGAUUGCACACGAAUUGAUGCAUGCGCUUGGUUUCUAUCACGAGUUCACUCGUCCGGAUCGUGACGAUUGGGUAUCGAUUGACACUAGUGCUUUGCAACCACAGUACCAGACAACCUCUUUCUACAAUGCAAAUUUUGCUAAGUUCUCGGCUUCUCAGGUUGAAUUGUACGGAAUUCCUUACUACUACGGUAGCGUGAUGCACUAUUCGAAAUACGCAGGAGCUGCCAGUGCUAGCAAACCUGUUAUGACGAAUUUGAAACCGUGGGUUGGAGAUUUUGGCAACAAUGUUGGUCUAUCUGAUACGGAUAUCUUGGCGAUCAAUUAUAUGUACUGUAAUUCCAGUACGACAACGACAACGACAUUAGCACCGACAACCACCAAGGUAACAACAACUACUACUAAAGCUACUACUACCACUACUAAGCCAACCACUACUACUACUAAGCCAACCACAACUACCACUAAGGCAACUACAACCACUACUAGACGUACUACUACAACCACUACUAGGCGUACUACUACUACCACUACGCAGCGUCCACGUGGAUUCCGUUGCUUGAGAUAUUUUAAUAAUAUCUGUAUCAUAUCCGUAACGACUAAUUAGAUCUUGCGUCGGUAGAUCAAUACUGAAAUUAAUCUGCAAU